CAUCCCCGCCCCGCCGCGGGAGCGCCGGGCUGAGCAGCGCUGCCAGACACCGCCAGUACCGGAACCGCGGGGCUGAGCCACCCUCCAGGCACCGCCAAUCCCGGAACCACCGGGCUGAGCAGCUCUGCCCGGUACCGCCAGCUCCAGAGGCACCGGGCUGAGCGACCCUGCCCGGAACCACCGGUCUGAACAGCUCUGCCGGCACCGCCAGCCCCGGAACCGCCGGGCUGAGCAGCUCUGCCGGUACCGCCAGCCCCGGAACCGCCGCCGGUCCCGCCGAUGGCACCGCGCUGCCGCCGCCAAGCUGGGCAGGUGCCCUGAAGCUCUGGGCUGGCUUCUCCCAGGCUCAGCAGGAUGAUUCCAGCAGUGCCAGUGCCACCCCUGCCCCUCUCCCUGCCGAUGUGACCGAGCUCUGCUGGCACCUGUGGCACUGAGGCUGGCACAGAGGCAGUGGCUGGUGGCCCCUGCAGUGUCCCUGCUGCCCAAAGAUGAGUGAUGGCACGUGGAUCUCGCUCAGCCCCGCUGAGUUUGCCCAGCUCCAGCAGUACACAGACUACUCCAGCAAGAAGCUGAAGGAUGUUCUGGAGGAGUUCCACGGGGACGGUGUCCUCUCGAGGUACAACCCCGAACAGCCCAUCGACUACGAGGGUUUCUGCCUCUUCAUGAAGACCUACCUGGAGGCUGACGUGCCCGAGGAGCUCUGCCAGCACCUCUUCACCUCCUUCAAGCGUAAGAUCUGCCCAGCCUCCCCCGAGAGCCAGCAGCAGAGCCCUGGAGUGCCCCAGCACAGCACCCUGGGGAUCAAUGGGAAAAGCCUUCGAAGUGCCCUGGGACGAAACACUCCAGAGCCCAAGGGCAACACAGCCGAGCCCCAGCCAGCAUCCCUCACCCUGGCAUCCAUCCCCAAUGCCUCCCCCAGCUGGUCCAGAUCAUCCUCCCAGAAAUCCACCACUGGCACCACCUCUGCCCACAACUCCUCGGGCUCCUCCAAGAUCUCCUCCGUCUCUCUGCUCAACCCUCAGUCACCAGGCACGAAGAACGUGGAGAAGAGGUUGCCCUUCAGCCUGAGGAAAGGCUCCAGCUCCCUGAAGGCCACCCCUCCUCCUCCUCCCACCCCUGUGGCCCAGGUGGUGCACCUGAAGGACAUCGUCUGCUACCUGUCCCUGCUGGAGAGGGGACGAGCCGAGGACAAGCUGGAAUUUAUGUUUCGCCUCUACGACACCGAUGGAAACGGGCUCCUGGACAGCUCGGAGCUGGAUCGUAUCAUCAACCAGAUGGUGCACGUGGCUGAGUACCUGGAGUGGGACUCCACCGAGCUGAAGCCUAUCCUGAAGGCCAUGAUGGAGGAGAUAGACUACAACCACGAUGGCACUGUGACGCUGGAGGAGUGGAUCCGGGGUGGCAUGACCACCAUCCCCCUGCUGGUCCUGCUGGGCAUGGAGACAAACGUGAAGGAUGAUGGGCAGCAUGCCUGGAGGCUGAAGCACUUCAAGAAACCUGCCUACUGCAACUUCUGCCGCACCAUGCUGCUGGGGGUGCGCAAGCAGGGCCUCUGCUGCUCCUUCUGCAAGUACACGGUCCAUGAGAGGUGUGUGUCCAAAGACAUUGCUUCCUGCAUCAGCACCUACGUUAAAUCCAAGAAAAACACAAGUGUGAUGCAGCACACCUGGAUCGAGGGCAACUCUCCUGCCAAGUGUGACAGAUGUCACAAGAGCAUCAAGUGCUACCAGGGCAUCACUGGCCUGCACUGUGUCUGGUGCCAGAUCACGCUCCACAACAAGUGUGCCUCCCAUGUGAAGCCAGAGUGUGAUGGGGGCCCGCUGCGGGACCACAUCCUGCUGCCAUCCUACAUCUGCCCAGUCGUCCUGGACAGGCAGUCCCACUGCCGGCGCUCUGAGAGCGACUCCCCUGCCAGCACCAGCCCCGAGGACAGCCAGGCCUUCAAGUUCAACUCCACCACCGUGGAUGGCCAAGGGCUGCAGAUCAGCCCCCAGCCCGGGACGCACCCGCUGCUCGUGUUUGUGAACCCCAAGAGUGGAGGAAGGCAAGGGGAGCGGGUGCUCCGGAAGUUUCACUACCUGCUCAACCCACGCCAAGUGUACAACCUGGACCGUGGCGGGCCCACGCCAGGGCUGAAUUUCUUUCGGGACACCCCAGAUUUCCGUGUGCUGGCCUGUGGAGGGGAUGGCACAGUGGGUUGGAUCCUGGACUGCAUAGAUAAGGCCAACCUGGUGAAGCACCCGCCGGUGGCCGUGCUGCCCCUGGGGACAGGCAAUGACCUCGCUCGGUGCCUGCGCUGGGGAGGAGGCUAUGAAGGAGGCAACCUGAUGAAGGUGCUGAAGGACAUAGAGCACAGCACGGAGGUGAUGCUGGACCGCUGGCACAUCGACAUCAUUCCCACUGACAGGGAGGCCAACGGGGAUCCUGUCCCCUCCUCCAUCAUCAACAACUACUUCUCCAUUGGGGUGGACGCCUCCAUCGCCCACCGCUUCCACAUCAUGAGAGAAAAGCACCCCGAGAAAUUCAACAGCAGGAUGAAGAACAAGCUGUGGUACUUCGAAUUUGGGACCUCAGAGACCUUUGCAGCCACCUGCAAGAAGCUCCAUGACCAUGUUGAGGUUGAGUGUGAUGGGACCCUGCUGGACCUGAGCACCACAUCCCUGGAGGGCAUUGCUGUGCUCAACAUCCCCAGCAUGUACGGGGGCUCCAACCUCUGGGGAGAGACCAAGAAGCAGCGUGGCUACAACAGGCUGGGCAAGAAGGUGCCAGACAAGGUGCCAGGCACGGUGGUCACCGAUGCCAAGGAGCUGAAAUUCUGCGUGCAGGACCUCAGCGAUCAUCUCCUGGAGGUGGUGGGGCUGGAGGGCGCCAUGGAAAUGGGGCAGAUCUACACGGGGCUGAAGAGCGCGGGGAAGAGGCUGGCCCAGUGCUCCUCCGUCAUCAUCAGGACGUCCAAGCUGCUGCCCAUGCAGGUGGAUGGGGAGCCCUGGAUGCAGCCGUCCUGCACCGUGAAAAUUACCCACAAGAGCCAGGUGCCCAUGCUGCUGGGGCCCCCCCAGAAGAGCAGCUUCUUCUUCCUGAAGAGGAGGAACAGAACUCGGGAUUAAAGCCUCACCAAGGAUCCACAGCCUGGAGCAUGCCAGCAUCCCACCUGGGGAUUGUUUAUCCUGGGAAGGUCUUGCAGGCUCCUUCCUGACCACCAGAAGCAUCCUCUCCAGCUGGGAUGGAAGAAGGGGGAGAAGGCAGGCUGGAGCAGUGAGCACAUUUGCUGGAGCAGCACUAGGACUGGGAUUUUAUUUUUUUUUCUCCCUUUAUUUAAAUUCCCUCCAGCCAAGCUGCCAGUGAAUGUGCUCCUGAGGCAGCACUGAGCUCCAUUUAUUUAUUUAUCCUCCUCCUGAAGGCCACUUGAUGUCUCAGUGGGGUGGCUUUGUCCCCCAGUCCUUGCAAUGGGAGGAAUUAUUUAUUUCUUUAGCCCAGAGGAGCCAGCUCAGGCCCUCAGCUCUGUGCUGUGGGGUUUGAGGGAGAUGCAAGAACCAUUGCUGCCAGCCCAGUGGGACAGGCUGGGGACAGCCAGUGCACAGGGACAAGCCUGGGGUGCAUGGCAGGAGAUUGUGUUUUUACAGGGAAAUGGCAAAAAAAGGGAAUUUUGGGGGAAGCAGCCCCAGCUCUGGGCUUUGUGUUCAUAUUUAUGUAUUUAUUUAGCAAACUUUGGACAAAAAAGGGACUCUGGUGGUCACCUUUCUAGGAGCCCAGAUUGGACACAGACACCACCUCCCUUCUCUGCUGGACUUCUCCUCUCUCCUAAAUCCUGCCAGCCUCUCCUGGGGGCUGGAGACCAGAAACUCUUCUCACUUUAAGGUGUCCCCAGCACCUUUUACACACCUGCCAGUGUGCUCUGCCAGGCUGGUGCUGCCCCUGUGCUGCAGGGAGUGGGGCAGGGUGCUUGCACCUCCCUUUCUCUAGGGCCAGCUCUCCCCACAGCCCUCUGCAGCCCCAAGAAGCCUCACAGGUGAUGGCAGCUGGGAUGCACAGGCAGGUGUCCGUGGCAUCACCCCUGGAUGGACAGAGCAGGGGGUGCAGCUCCUCUCCAGGGACCAAGAAGCAGAUGGAUGCAAGGAGUUUGUGGUGGUCUGGAUGCACUCCCAGGGGCAGGAGCUGGCAAGGCUGGCCAUGGCAAGGGGCCAGCAGUCACCCAGUGCCUCCAGCAGUGAGCCUGCACGCAGGAUGCAGCCACAUCCUGAGUUAAACCUGCUCCCUUGGGCUGCUGGGAGCAGCAAAACUCCUGCUUGUCCCCACUGUGUCCCUGCCACAGGGCUGGGACAAGUCACAGUGCCCACCCAGUCCCUGCUGAUGCUGCAGGUCCCUGUUCAGCAGCAUUCCCUGGCAGAGGGUGCUGCCAGCUCUGCUCCAGAGGGGCUGGGAGGGACCUGCUGGGGAGCUGUGUGCCCAGGCAGUGUCACUGCAGGGCAUCAGUCCACUGCUGUUCUUCUCCUUCUCCUCCUUCUUCUUCCCCUCCUUCACCUUCUUCUUCUUCUCCUCCUUCUUCUUCCCCUCCUUCUCCUUCUCCUCCUUCUCCUUCUCUUCCUUCUUCUUCCCCUCCUUCUCCUUCUUCUCCUUCUUCUUCCCCUCCUUCUCCUUCUCCUUCUCCUUCUCCUCCUUCUUCUUCCCCUCCUUCUCCUUCUUCUCCUUCUCCUCCUUCUCCUCCUUCUCCUCCUUCUUCUUCCCCUCCUUCUCCUUCUUCCCCUUCUUUUUCUUCCCCUUCCCCUUCUUCUUCUUCCCCUUCUUCUUCUCCUCCUCCUCCAUUGCCAAGGGCAGCAGUGCCUCGCAGCCCCACGCCCGGGGAGGGUGACAAAUCCACCUCAGCCACCUCCAGACCUGGAGGUGACAAUGUGGGGGAUGGCAGCACACCAGGUCAGCAGGUUUGGUUCUGUUUCCCUGCCCUCAGGGCAGUGUUUUGUCCCAGCUGGGGAUCAGCAGUGCUUGGGCAAUGAGCUGUGGUUUUCCUGCCCCUUGCUCCUGUCACAGUUUGCUGGGCUCUGGGCAAAGAGCAGCCCCGGGGGCUCUGCUGGGCUGAGCUGGCAGAGCUGGGAGGGCACUGAGCCUGUCCCUGCUGCCUUGGGCUGGAAUCAGGGCCACACUCUGGGCCAUGGGACAGUGACACACCAGCAGCACUGCCAGGCUCCAGCCAGACACCCCUCUGGUGGCCAGGGAGGUGAUCCCUGCCCCAGGGGCUCCAUCUGCUCCCACACUGCCAAAGGCCCGGGCCAGCAGGCCUGCCAGCCCCACCUCCUCCUUACCCUGGUGGUGCAAAGCUCCUGAGCCCAGCAGGACCCACAUGGGCUGGGAUUCCACUCCCACCUCCUCACCCUGAUGAUCCUGAGCCCAGCAGGACCCCCAGGGCUGGGACUCCUCUCCCACCUCCUCACCCUGAUGGUCCUGAGCCCAGCAGCACCCCCAGGGGCUGGGACUCCUCUCCCACCUCCUCACCCUGAUGGUCCUGAGCCCAGCAGCACCCCCAGGGGCUGGGCUCCAUGCCAGCUGUCCCUGGUGCAGGGAGGAUGAAGCCAUUGCAGCUGGGGGGCACCUGAAGCCUUUAUCCCCCCAUUCCCCAGUGCCUCCCAGUCCAGCCCAGCUCCCAAGGGCACGGGGUUGAACCAAGCCCCCAAACGAGCCCCUGGGCACUGGGGAGCCCCAGCUGGAGCCCCAGGGGCUCAGCCAGUGCCUGUGUGUGUCCGUGUGUCCCGUGGUGGUGCGUGGAGUGCUGUCCGUCGCGUGUGCUGCCGUGUGCGCCCGGCUGCUGUGGCCUCGCCUCCAAUAAAGAUGGUCAUGAACUCCUCACUG